AGCGGUGGAUACUUUUGCUAUAGAAGUAUGCCAGAAUUAGUUUCCACAGGGUGAUGGCCGAAGUCACCUAGUCUCGGAGUGUCUGGGCCUGAGCCAGAACUUGGAUCUGUCAGACACCAUGGUGCAACAGAAGCUGGACGAAAUCAAGGAUUCAAUCAAGCGAGAGAUACGGAAGGAACUUAAAAUCAAGGAAGGAGCAGAGAACCUCAAGAAGGUCACAACUGAUAAAAAGAAUCUAGCUUAUGUGGAAAAUAUGUUGAAAAAGUCAAACAAAAAACUAGAUGAGCUUCAUCAAGAGUUGCAGGAGCUGAAUGCACACAUUGUUGUGAAGGAUCCUGAGCUGGCAGAUUGUCCACGAACCCCGGAUACUCCCAACCCCGAGUCUACAAAUAAUAGCCUCAUUGCUGCCUUGAAGAAGCAAUUGGACAUUGAGCUGAAAGUGAAGUUGGGAGCUGAGAAUAUGAUUCAGAUGUACUCGAAUGGAUCCUCAAAGACCGCCCAGGAGACGCUCCGAGUCCGGUUCCUCCGACUGUGUCCAGUACAGACGGUGUGUAAUGCACAGUUCUUGCACCAGGAAUGCCUCGGUAGAAAUUGUGUGGCUACAUCCAUCAUGAUCAUCUGGAUUCAGAAGUCUCGUUAA